AGGGAAGUUACUACAAGAAAUUGUUAGAACAGUUUCAAGUACAUUGAACAAGAGACUCUUGCGUGUUCCUAACAAGUUAGUUGGAAUCCAAUCUCACAUCGAAGAAAUGUUGAGGCUAUUAGAUAUUAAAUCUGGCAACAGAAAAGUUGUGGGGAUCCACGGCCUUGGUGGCAUUGGAAAGACAACAAUCGCAAGGGUUGUCUACAAUAAAGUCCUUAGUCAAUUUGAAGGAUGUACAUUUAUUGAAAAUGUUCGAGAGAAUGCUGAAAAAUACGGGAUUCACUAUUUGCAAAACCAACUUAUCAAAGAUAUCCUGAAAGAAGAAAAUCCAGAUAUUACUGAUGUGGAUGUUGGAAUUAAAGUGAUCCAGCAAAAAUUCUGCAAAAAAAAAGUUCUUGUUGUCCUUGAUGAUGUAAAUCAAGAUAUUCAAGCAAAGUCUUUGAUUGGGGACCGUGAAUGGUUUGGUAUCGGAAGUAAGAUCAUUAUCACAACCAUAAAUAAGGAUAUUUUAAUUGCUCAAAAAACAGAUGUGAUUUAUGAACCCAACGUAAUGACUAUGGAUGAUUCUCUCAAACUUUUUAGUCAUUAUGCAUUCAGAAGGGACCGUCCUCAAGAAGAGUAUUUGGAUCUCUCAGAGGCUAUAACAAAAACCACUAAAGGACUUCCCUUGACUCUUCAAGUCGUAGGUUCAUCUUUAUUUAAAAAGGAAAAAUCAGUAUGGAAAGGCAUGUUGAAGAAGUUGAAAACUAUCCCCAAUAACGAUGUUAUGAGAAGCUUGAAAAUAAGUUACGAUGGAUUAGAAGAUGCUCACCAACAAAUGUUUCUGGAUACUGCUUGUUUUUUUAUCGGAAUGGAUAAAGAUAUUGCAUAUCAUAUAUGGGAAGGAUGUGGUUUUUCUCCUCAAGUAGGGCUUGAUGUUCUUUGUGUAAAGUCUUUGGUAACGAUUACUGAAGAUGGUAAGCUAAGGAUGCAUGAUAUGCUUCAAGAUCUUGGAAGAGACAUUGUUCAUCAAGAGAGCAUAAAAAAUCCAGGGGAGCGUAGUCGAAUAUGGUCUCAAGAAGAAAUAUCGGAAGUACUGGUUAAACAUAUGGGAACAAGUAAUUGUGAAGGACUCACUACUGACUUCAGCCGACUCAUUAUUGACUUCAGUAGUCGAUCAAAGAGCCAAUGUUUGAUGAGCGAAGCGUUUGCUGCAAUGACUGAACUAAGAUUACUGAAAGUCGAUUAUGCACAAUUUUCUGGGAGCUUCACUAAUUCUUUUUCAAAACUGAGAUGGCUUAGUUGGAGAGGAUGCCCUGACCAAUAUGCGCUAACAAAUUUUUGUCCACAAAAACUGGCUGUUCUUGAUCUAUCAUAUAGUGAGAUCACAGAUAAUUGGAUAAUUUGGAACUGCAUCAAGAUGGCAAUAAAUUUAAAAGUUCUAAGUCUCCCAUCUUGUCAUCAACUAUCUAGUAUUCCAGAUGUUUCAGCAAAUCAACUGUUGGAGGUAUUAAUUCUAAAAGACUGUGAAAAGUUGGUUCAGAUAGACACAUCCAUUGGUUAUCUCAGGAACUUAAUCACAUUAGAUAUGAGUGGCUGCUGGAGAUUAGAGCAUCUCCCAAUUGAAAUUUGUCAGUUGACUUCUCUUGAGACACUCAAUUUACGGAGAUGCAACAAUCUAGAUAAGCUACCAGAUGAUUUGGCUUGCAUGACCUCCUUGACAACACUUGAUGUUAGUCAAUGCAGUAAACUUAAAUUGCUUCCAAAUCUCCCUUCUACUUUAAAAUCUUUUCAUGCUUCUGAUUGCGUAUCAUUUAUAUCAAUCCCAAUGCUUUCAAGCUUAGAAAAUCUAGAGAAAUUGCACCUUCGAGGAUGCAAGAAACUUGUAGACAUCUCAGGUCUUCCCUCAGGUUUGACCAACCUUGAUUUUAGUAAUUGCAUUUCAAUUCGAGACAUCUCAAGUCUUCCUUCAAGUUUGACCAGCCUUGAUGUUCGUUUCUGCACUUCAAUUCGAGACUUCUCAGGUCUUCCCUCAAGUUUGACCAGCCUUGAUGUUAGCCACUCUUAUAUCAGAGACAUCUCAGGUCUUCCCUCAGGUUUGACCAAGCUUGUUAUGAGUCACUGCGCGUCAAUUCGAGACAUCUCAGGACUUCCCUCACGUUUGACCAGUCUUGACGUUAGUCAUUGUUCAAUUCAAGACAUCUCAGGUCUUCCCUCAAGUUUGACCAAUCUUGAUGUUAGUCACUCUUACAUUCGAGACAUCUCAGGUCUUCCCUCAGGUUUGACAAACCUUAAUGUUAGUCAUUGCUCUUUCAUUCGAGACAUUUCAGGUCUUCCAUCAAGUUUGACCAGUCUUGACAUUAGUUAUUGUUCAAUUCAAGACAUCUCAACUUUUCCCCCGAGUUUGACCAGCCUUGAUGCUAGGAACUGCUCUUCAAUUCGAUACAUGUCAGGUCUUCCCUCAAGUUUGACCAACCUUGAUGUUAGCCACUGCUCUUCAAUUCAAGACAUCUCAGGUCUUCUCUCAAGUUUGACUUACCUACAUGCUGAGCAUUGCAUUUCACUGGUAAAACUAUCAAGUGCAUCAAGAGGGUUCAGAAAUUUAAAGACAUUAUGUCUUGAUAGUUGUAGGAGCCUAGAAGAAAUUGAAGGUGCCAACGAGAAAUUGGACUCUCUAGUGGUCUUCAACAUUGAUUGGUGCGGAUCAUUAAAAAAAUUACCAAAACUGAGGGGCUCGAAAAAUCUAAUGACUUUAAAGCUGGAAUGGAAUGACACCAUAUCCGAUUUUGAAGGCGAGGGGAUGGACUCACUAGAGGUGUUGGAGAUAAAGAAUUGCAGAUCAUUAAGAAAAAUACCAAAUCUGCAAGAUUCAAAAAGGCUGAGGAAGCUACAAAUAAAAAAUUGUCGGGAUUUAUCUGAGAUUGAGCGCCUUGAAGACUAUGAAUCCUUAGAAAAAUUAUCAAUUCAUGGGGCCGGAUCAUUAAAAACAUUACCAGAUAUCUCAACCUUGAAGAACCUAAGCUAUUUAGGAAUCAGUGGGUGUUACUCGAUGGAAAGAUUACCGGAUCUUUCAAACUUAAAGAAGUUGUGGCAAUUAGAGAUUGAAAAUUGUGGAAGGCUAUCUGAGAUUCCAGGCAUUGACAAAUUGGAGUCCUUGCGAAUAUUGAAAAUAGCACAAUGCAAAUCCAUUCAACGACUUCAAAAUCUCUCGAACUUAAGACAUUUAAAGGAGCUAAAAGCUAAUGACUGCGAGAAGCUAACUGAGAUUCAAGCUGAUAGUGGAUUGGAAUCUUUGGAACUCUUGGAUGCUAGGGGGUGUAUAUCAUUGGAAAAAUUACCAGAUCUGACCAACUCACAGAAUUUGUUGGAACUAAAUGGUGUACCAUGGCAACCACAGACCUCUACCGAUAACAGGUAGAACUCUUAAUUGAUGUUGGCUGACCAAAAUUUCAAACAAAUUAUCAUAUCGUUCUACAUGACAAUUUUAUUCAAGUUGGGUUUUGUUCCAAGGUUGGUACUCUAUGUUGUCCUUGGAGUUGGCUUGCAAUUUGCAUCAAGGUAUUCACCAAGGACAUCAAUGUUCU